GGUGGAGCCGCGCGUCGCCCGGGCGGGCUAAGUAAGGCAACCAUGGUGAAGGAAACCGGUUAUUACGACACUCUGGGAGUGAAACCCAACGCCACCUCCGAUGAAAUUAAGCGUGCCUACCGCAAGUUAGCAUUGAAGUACCAUCCUGACAAGAACCCCAGCGAGGGCGAGCGGUUUAAGCUCAUUUCCCAGGCCUACGAGGUCCUGUCGGAUCCGAAGAGGCGAGAUCUCUAUGACCAAGGUGGCGAACAAGCCAUUAAGGAAGGCAGCGUGAGCGGCGGCAAUUUCUCUUCGCCCAUGGACAUCUUCGACAUGUUCUUUGGCGGCGCUGGCCGGAUGAAUCGAGAAAGGAGAGGUAAGAAUGUGGUCCAUCAGUUGAGCAUCACUCUGGAAGACUUGUACAUGGGAGCCACAAGGAAACUGGCCCUUCAGAAGAACGUUAUCUGUGACAAGUGCAAAGGUUACGGUGGGAAAAGGGCCGUAGAAAAAUGCCCCACCUGCAAAGGGCGAGGCGUUCAGGUGUUGGUCCAGCAGAUUGGGCCCGGCAUGGUGCAACAGAUCCAGACCGUGUGUCCGGACUGCAAAGGCCAAGAACGGAUAAACCCCAAGGACAGGUGUACCAACUGCAGCGGCAACAAGGUGGUUAGAGAGAAGAAAAUCAUCGAAAUCCACAUCGAUAAAGGUAUGAAAGAUGGCCAGAAACUUGUCUUUCACGGAGAAGGUGAUCAGGAACCUGACCUAGAACCGGGAGACGUCAUUAUUGUCCUGGAUCAGAAAGACCACUCUGUAUAUCAGAGGAGCAACGACCUAGUGAUGAAAAUGAAAAUCCAGCUGACGGAGGCCUUGUGCGGCUUCAAGAAGACCGUGGAGACGCUGGAUGACAGGGUCCUUUUAAUAUCCUCCAAACCAGGUGAAGUGAUCAAGCACGGAGACAUUAAGAGCAUCGUAAACGAAGGGAUGCCGAUUUAUAAAUCUCCCUUGGAAAAAGGUUCUUUAAUCAUCCAGUUUCUGGUUGCCUUCCCCGAGCAUCACUGGCUUUCCAACGAUCAGCUCCCUCUCUUAGAAGCUCUGCUGCCUCCCCGGGAGGAAGUGAUGGUUUCCGAAGACAUGGAUCAAGUCGACCUGGUCGAAUUCGACCCCAAAGAACGAACUUACCGAAACCACGGUGAAGCCUACGAAGAGGACGAGGAAGGCCCGAGGACGGGGGUCCAGUGCCAGACCUCGUGAACCAAGCGGGGUCUGGGCGCAUGGACUGAAUGCGAGGAACCAUCGCCGGGCUCCCGUUUAUCAAGUUCGGCACGACGAACAGCUGUAUAUUAGUUCUGUUUCAUAUUUAUGUGUUCGUGUUGUUAAAAAAAAGAAAGAAAUGGAUCUGUGUAACUUGAAACACCGAAUGUGCUGUUGCUGUUUGAUAUAAAUAAGCCUUCCUUCCCCCCCCCCUCCCCAAUUUAACCCUAACUGUCCCAAUCCUGUGGUUUUUCUGGCUCUCCAGGGCUACGAAGAAUGUUGGCAGGGGAUUAUUAAACCAGAAGUGAGCGUUUUUGAGAAACGUGCAUGUCAAGGUUUCCCCAGCGGUGGUUAAAACUUGAAACGUUGCCACUUCACCUUAACAAGACGGUCUCCACAUCCUAGAUUAUUUAAUAGGUAUUUUAUCAAAUAAAAUAUCAGGACCAUU